CGUGUUUUCCCUAAACCGGAAGUUUACAUUUUGGUUUUGUGAAAUUUAGCGGGCUACAAAAACAUUGUUAUGCCUAAAAGAAGGAAUCCGUUUGGGGACUCUUCGCCUCUGCAGCUAAAACAGCAUGUUGGGAAGAAAGAAGUUGACAUGGGAAUUGCGAAACAUCAAAAUAUGAAGAGCGUUUAUGAACGAACGAAAGAAUUGUUGUUCAGUGGCUCCAAACGUAGUUUUGAUAUUCCCAAGGAUGCCAACAGCAACGACAUCUACCUGCCAGAGGAUGUGUGCAUGGAAGAUGAAAUGCAAGUGUGUGACAGGCAAAUGCACAUCACCCCAUCCGGUCAGCUGUCAAAUCCUGAAGCAUGCAGUAGAUCUACCAAUGCAUUUCAGGCUAUGAUGAAUGCAAGAAAAGCCUCUUCCUGGUCAGGUUGUCACUGCUGUAAGGGACAGGCCGCCUCCCAGGAUCGCUGUGGUUUCUGUGAUAAGUCCGUCUGUUAUGACUGUGUCCGACUGUGCUCAAGCUGUAGGGGCAACUUCUGCCAGCUGUGUUCAGUUAUGAGCCCUGAGGACCCCAUCCAGGCCUGGUACUGCCAGCAAUGCUCCUACUGCAUUUCCCCGCACCUCAACUGGGCCGCAGCGUUCUAGUUACCUCUCACAUCAUAACAUCGUCAUCUCACAUCUUGUUGCUUCAUGCUGUCAUUUCACCAUUUUUCCACAUUUUGUUAAUUAUUUCAAUCAUGUUACCGUACUGUUACAGACUGGCAAAGAUAAAAUUCAAAUAGAUCACCAACAUUUAACUUCCACUGAUCCUUAUGCAUGAAUUGAAUUAGUUUGCACAGAAAUUGAGUCAAACGGAUAAAGCAAUAGAUUUCUUAAACCUUUCCCAAUCAGAAGAAAGGUGAAAAUGGCUAUAUGCAAACAGCAUAAAACCAGAACAGCCUGUGAGUAACUUGCAGUCUGUUCAGGUUUUAUGCUGUUUGCUGCUCAUCAGUAUCUAAGGGUUGGAAAUGAAGCCUUUAAAACUUGAAUUUAGUAAGAAAGGUCUUAAAUUAAAUUUAUCGUUACAAGGGACAAGUGCGUCAAAAUGGGUAUUUAAGUGGUAAAGGGUUUAACACUUUUAUGUUAUGAAAACAAAAAUGUGUACUGUUAUUUGUGUUUUAACUUAAGUAAAAAAAUCAAUGACCCUUCAAAGUUUCGGUCUAUUGGUUAACCAGGUUUACAUACUGUUAUUUAACCCUUUCCCACUCAAAAGCAAAGUGAAAAUGGCUAUGUGCAAACAGCAUAAAACCAGAACAGCCUGUGAGUAACUCGCAGUCUGUUCAGGUUUUAUGCUGUUUGCUGCUUUUCAGUAACUAAGUGUUUGAAAUGAAGCCUUUAAAAGUUGAAUUUAAGUAAGAAAGGUAAUAAAUUAAAUGUGACUUUCUAAGGGAUUACAAAUGCGUCAAAAUACGUAUCUAAGUGGUAAACGGUUAAAGCAAGAACAUAACUGAGUGUAAAGACAGGAAACAGGUGAACCCUGUAACUGUUCUUUAUGCUUUAAGUGUUCAUGAGUGUCAGAAAACGGUGGGAACCUACUGGAUCAUUUCAUUUCACUGUUCACUGGGUUGUUUAAUGUAUAAUUCUUUUAAAUUGUUUGUAUAUGGUACGUAUAUACUGUCAUGUAAAAUAUGUCAAUCUAGUAGUUUAUGCCAUUAUCAUUCAUGUCUUGUUGACUCUUUCACGUCUUUUUGCUUGGAGAAGUUUUGAAUACAAUCUCAAGAGUUGUAAAUAUCUCACAUUUAGUCAUAAAUGUCACUUGUUUUUAAUUUAUUUGAUUGAUUGGUGCUCAGUUAACUCCCACCAGGAGUAAAGUGAAAAUGGCUUUUGCAACCAGCAUAAAACCAAAACAGCCUGCGAGUAGCUCGCAGUCUGUUCAGGUUUUAUGCUGUUUGCUACCCAUAAUUAUCUUAGGGUUGGAAAUGAAGCCUUUCAAACUUCAAUAUAUAAAGAUAAGACUUAAAUUUAAUUUGAUUUUCUGAAGGACUUCAAAUGCGUCAAAAUGUGUUUAUAAAUGGUAAAGGGUUAAAUAUAAUUAAAAACAUUUUACUAAAUAUACAAGUUUUGUUAGAAGAUGGUCAUUUGGCCUUAAACCAUAAAUAUAAAAACAGAGAUUUGUUAUCUGUAUAGUAGUAAAUAGCUUGUUAUUAUUUGUUGUUAAUGUACUUUUAUUUUUACUUUUUGGUACCUGUUCUUCUGUUUAACUUACCCUCAUAUUAUAUGUAAACUUACUGCAGGAAUAAAAAGAUACAUAGGGUGUGUUACAAUAAUUAUAUAUGUAAAGUUGAUGGCUGCUUUAUUAUUGUAAAAUGAAAAUAUCAAGUAUAAAUGCUAGAUAUGAAAGAGACUAUGGGAGACAUAACUUUUAUUUAAAGUUUCUAUGAAUGUUGUUAUGAUUAUAAAGUAUACAAGUUAAAAAAAAAUUAUGCCCCCGGUAGGGUGGCAUAUAGCAGUUGAACUGUCUGUAAAUCUGUGCAUCCGUCCGAAAACUUUAACAUUGGCCAUAACUCUUGCAAUAUUGAAGAUAGCAACUUUAUAUUUGGCAUGCAUGUGUAUCUCAUGAAGCUGCACAUUUUGAGUGGUGAAAGGUCAAGGUCAUCCUUCAAGGUCAAAAGUCAUAAAAUGCAAUCGAAGGGAAGUAAUAAGCUUAAAAAGGGAGAUAAUUUCUAAACCUGCCAAAUGAUAUAUUGAAAUUUUAUUUCAAAGCGGCACAAUAGGGGGCAUUGUGUUUCUGACAAACACAUCUCUUGUUAAUUAUAUGGAUUGGCAUGAAGUCAAAUGGGGAAUACUGAAAUCACCAUGGACAACAUGGUCUGUCAGUAGACACAAAUAUUUCCAGUAAUCCAAGUUCCAAUUAUUAAAACAUUCAAACUUCCUUUGAUUAUUAUGAUACGAAGUUGUGUACCGGUAUGUGCUAAUGUUAUAGUCCUGAUAUAAAAAAUACAAAAGUUGUUCCACCUUUUCAACUUAAUGCUGUAGACUUUAGCAAAAACAUACUUCCCUAAAGCUACUUACUUCUGAUGUGUUAUAUUUGGUAUGUAUGUACGGGCCAUCUAAUUAGUUUCAUCAAAUCAUGAUGCUAGAGUAAAUAUUUUGGAAUAAGGAACCUUCAGAAAGAUUUGAGAGACAUUUUUGCUACUUUUAGGCUGUCUUUUAGUUAAAGGCAUUGACAUAUUGCCCAUAUUUGUCAGUGUCUAUAACGUGAUAAGGUUUGGUUUAAAUCAAGGAUUUUUAACCAGGUUUUCCGAAGGAAAAAACUGGUUAUUAGAUUGGCGAAUGUGGGCGGGCUGGCUGGCGGGCUGGCUGGCUGGCGGGCGGGCGGAACAAGCUUGUCCGGGCCAUAACUAUGUCGUUCAUUGUCAGAUUUUAAAAUCAUUUGGCACAUUUGUUCACCAUCAUUGGACGGUGUGUCGCACGAAAGAAUCACGUCAAUAUCUCCAAUGUCAAGGUCGCCACGACUAAAAAUAGAUUUAUUUUUUUUUUAAACAAACUUACAAAGGGGGUUAAUUUUGUUUGUUCAUUUCAAAAGUUCAGUUUGACUUUUCUCCCUUUAUCAAAUUUUUUUUUCACAAUGAAAACCUGGUUUUGUGACAAUUUUGUCCCUUGUUUUUAUUGAAUUUCUAUUUUAUGUCAAAAUUUCUCACUUAAGCAUUACAAAAGGGUUUAGUUUGGAAUCAGGAAUGUAGAACUGCAGACCAUUCAGUUACAAUGUCAUCUGUAUCUUGCCCUAGAAUAUAAGACGGGUUAUCCCUUUUCCACUCAGAAGCAAAGGAAAAACGGUUAUGUGCAAACAGCAUAAAACAAGAACAGCCUGCGAGUAACUCGCAGUCUGUUCAGAUUUUAUGCUGUUUUCUGCUCAUCAGUAUCCAAGGGUUGGAAAUGAAGCCUUUCAAACUUGAAUCUAGAAAAAAGGACUUUUUAAAGGACUUAAAAUGUGUCAAAGUGUGUUUCUGAGUGGUAAAGGGUUAAGCAUAUUGAUAAGUGUAACAUGUUGUUUUAUGUGUACCAUUGCAGCUAUGAGGACAUAGCAGAGACAGCACUGUGCCUGCAGUGUUCAUCUUGAUCUGUUACUGUACUGUGGCUGACUUACUAGAUGGGUUCACAUCGAGUCUCAAAGUCUGCCUAUGAACUAAUGAAUUUGUAUUUAUAGUUGUAAUUACUUUGCAUUGUAUCAGGGAACUUUGUGAAUUUCAAAUGUGUUCAUGUUUUACUGCUGUUGUCGAAAGUGUGUCAGUGUUAAAAAGGGCAGCUGUUAAAGACAGUUAUUUAUAAUAAAUAAUGUUCCAUGGCUUUUUAUCAAAAUUGCAUGAAUUAAAACUACUACUAUACUUGAUUUAUGUUGAUUUCCAACAUGUUGCAGUGUAAAAUACUUGUCUGAGGACUUUCUUUUCUCUUUUUACUAAUUGUUGUAUUCUCUUCUAGUGAUGCACAUAAUUCUGGACUAUACGUAAAUAAUUGACCACCUUUCAAACAAAUGUUUUUCAAUAGAAAUCAAUAUUUUUAAAUACAGUUAACAAAGUCAUCUUAUAUGUCAACAAAAGUCUUCAUAAUAAGAAAAUACAGUAAGUUUAUUAUUAACCAGGUUUUCCUAAGGAAAAAACUGGUUAUUAGAUUGGCGAAUGCGGGCGGGCUGGCUGGCUGGCGGGCGGGCGGAACAAGCUUGUCCGGGCCAUAACUUUGUCGUUCAUUGUGAGAUUUUAAAAUCAUUUGGCACAUUUGUUAACCAUCAUUAGACGGUGUGUCGCGCGAAAAAAUUACGUCAAUAUCUCCAAGGUCAAGGUCACACUUUGAGUUCAAAGGUAAAAAAUAUCCAUAAAUGAGCUUGUCUGGGCUAUAACUAUGUCAUUCAUUAUGAGAUUUUAAAAUCAUUUGGCACAUUUGUUCAUCAUCAUGGGACAGUGUGUCGCACGAAAGAAUCACGUCAAUAUCUCCAAUGUCAAGGUUGCCACGACUAAAAAUAGAUUUAUUUUAAAAGAAACUUUCAAAGGGGGUUAAUUUUGUUUGUUCAUUUCAAAAGUUCAGUUUGAGUUGUCUCCCUUUAUCAGAUUUUUUUUCACAAUGAAAACCUGGUUUUGUGAUAAUUUUGUCCCUUGUUAAUAUUUAUUGAUGAGCUAUUUAUAGAUAGGUGCUGUCUCAUUUACGUCCAGAUUUUCAAACUAUGUUUAUUUUGCACUUAAAAGUAAUAUUCAAACAAUACAAAUACAUCAGAAAAAGAAGAAAACAAAACUGUCAGUUGUAGACUUUUUGUCAUCAUUGAAAAAGAAGGUAAAAUCAUGCAGCAUAGCAAAUAAAUAAUCAGUAAAAUAGUUUGUGUUAGCAUUUUCAAAGUCAAAACUACAAUUGUGUCAACAUUUUUGGUUACUCUUUAAAUAAUGAAAAUUGUGAACAAAAUGGUGUUGCUUCGAACACUGAAAGAACACUUAUAAUUGGCUGAUAUUUUAAGUACACUCAAUCAAGGAAAUUGACAUUUUAUAUGAUGUUUUUUUCAAUUACUUUUGUAAUAUGAUGUGCCAUUUUGCUAUUCAAUUACAUGAUAUAUGGAUGUCGAGCCCUUGAUUAUUGUUAUAAAAUUUUAUUUUGAUAAGUUGUGUAAUUUUAAAGCUGUUUAAAGAGGACAUUGGAGUGUGGCCAGAAUUAUGUUCAACACAAGAUGUGAAAUAGAUCUGUAUGUUGUUUGUAUUUUGUGAAUGUAGACGUCAUUCUGCAUGUAAUUCAUAGAAAAUGUAAAUUGUGCAAUUGUGUUAACUGUUAUGUAUGGUCAUGUACCAAAGUAUACAAAUCAUGUUAUUAUGUAGAAAUAUAUUUGUGAAAUAAAUGAGGAAACAAU